AUGUCAAGCACCAGGGCACUUGGACCUCACGAAUUUUCAACUUCCACCUUCUGUCCAGGAUUUCUGCGAGCCGAAUCAGAAGACGUACUCUUGCAACCUUUCUCAGUCUCAGUAUGGUUUUCCGGUGCGAUUCCUCGACACCUCGCUCACUCAAACAUUCCCAUUAAAAUCAGUGUAUCCCUGAAUGAAGAGUAUCAAUUAUUCACAGUACCUGUGAUUGAGAUAGCAUCUAAGCGCUCCAGGGAACCUUCUAACAAUGUAAGUAAUUUACCUUCCAGUCAAUAUGAACCCUUCUCCGCAUCUGAUGGCGACACGUCCAUUCCAUUCCUCCCCUUACCAUCGACAUUCAAUCAUAUGGACUCCGACCACUGGGCAGAACUCUCCAGCACUAUACAGUCGUGGCUUGUGACGUUAGCAGAUACAGUGACGCCUGAAUGGACUUGGGGUCGUGAUGCGUUCUGGUAUGCAUUCGUUGCUGCCAAUCCCGACUUCCCCAAUGGCAAGUGGGCUUUCUGGAAUCCCAGUAUCCCCCUUGAGGGUCAAUUCAUCGAGGAGUGGGUGGGGGGUGACAUCAAUUUGGCUGCUGAAGAUGCUGAUGACGAGCUCGCUACCCCUUUGACGCACGAUGACACCCUGGACUUCAUAUGGACAGAGUUCUCCAAACACAUUGUGCUCUUUUACCCUUGUCCUUUGAUUUCUGUUACAUAG